GUAACCUUUCAUUUCUCUUAUCCCUCAACUCUCAACUCUCAACUCAUGACAUCUCUUAUGUAACCUUCCAUCCAACACUGAAACAUUGCAACUCCUAUCAUUCAUUCAUGAGCCACUCUUUGAAGCGGUUUCGGUGUCUGUGAGUGUUUUUUUGCUGCCAUGGAUCCAAACUUUUGUGGAAGCAGGUACGAAUUGGAUGAUGAAGGGAACAUUGUGAUAAUCUCUGAUCCAAACGAUUGGGAUCUCAACGGACACCACCGGAACCUUGUUGAUUUUACAAGCUCCGAUGCUCCUUUUUAUGAACCCGGUGGGGACCCACUUAGUUUUGCUCCGUCAGAACCGGUUGUUUCAUCCGCGGAUGGCCCCUUUGCAGCCAUGGCCACGGUGGCGGAUCCUUCUCUUGAAGACACGGACUUUUCAGAAACUGUCAGGUACAUAAGCCAAAUUCUUAUGGAAGAGAACUUUGAGAGGAAACCGUGCAUGUGUUAUGACCCUCUGAGUCUGCAAGACACUGAGAAAUCGUUCUAUGAUGCUCUGAAAGCAAUAGAGCCUCUUUCCCCAAAUCAACACCCUCUUGACAUUCUUGAGGGUAAUUGUUUUACUACUGAUUCUGGGAGCAGUGCUAGUUCUAACGAGUUGAAGCCCCCUUCACCUGAUACACCUGUUUCUGGUGUUUCUUCUUUGCAUUCCAUUUCCCACACGCCUUCUCAACUUGUUUCUCCGCAUGAUUUGAGUAAUAUUAGUGAUGGUGCGUUCGAUAUGGAUUCUUCUGUAAGCAAGCUCUUGGCUCAAAAUAUCUUUAGUGAUGUAGACUCUAUGUUGCAGUUUAAAAGAGGGUUAGAGGAAGCUAGUAAGUUUCUUCCUCAAAGACCUCAGCUUUUUACUGGUUUGGAGAGCAGCACUGUGUCUCCUGAGCCAAAGGGAGAGGAUGCUACUAGGGAGAAUUCACAUGAGUUGAAGAGUAGAAAGAAUCAUGAGCGCCAAGGUGAUGAUGGUGAAGAAGAAGGAAGAAGCAACAAGCAGUCUGCUGUUUGUGUUGAGGAGGAGAGUGAAAUAUCUGAUAUGUUUGACCGUGUGUUACUUAGUAUUGAAAAUGUUCCACUGUGUGCUGAACAGCAGGAUGUAUCAGUUAUAGAUAGUAGUAACACACACUCAAGUGAACAUCCACAUUCAUCUGAUGGAAGGAAGUCUCGUUCCAAGAAACAAGGGAGGAAGAAGGAAACCGUGGAUUUGAGAACCCUUUUGGUUCUGUGUGCACAAGCUGUGUCUGCCAGUGACACCAGGACUGCUAAUGAACUGCUAAAGCAGAUUAGGCAACAUUCUUCACCGUUAGGUGAUGCAUCACAGAGGUUGGCUCAUUACUUCGCCAAUGGCCUAGAGGCACGCUUUGUUGGUGCCAGUACUGGAACCCAAAUAUUUUAUAUGAGCCUCAAGAAGAUCACCGCUGCUGAUUUCCUGAGAGCUUACCAAGUUUUUAUAUCUGCUUGCCCUUUCAAGAAAUUUGCACAUUGCUUUGCAAAUAGAGCAAUUAUGAAAGCAGCUGAAAAGGCAGAAACCCUUCAUAUUAUUGAUUUUGGUAUCCUGUAUGGUUUCCAGUGGCCAAUUCUCAUCAAGUUUUUAUCAAAUAGAAGUGGGGGGCCUCCCAAGCUACGCAUCACCGGAAUAGAGUAUCCCCAAGCAGGCUUUCGUCCCGCAGAAAGAAUUGAGGAGACUGGUCGUCGUCUAGCUAACUAUUGCGAGCGUUUCAAUGUUCCGUUUGAGUACAAGGCCAUAGCAUCACGAAACUGGGAAACCAUUCCAAUUGAAGACCUUAAAAUUAAGAGCAAUGAGGUACUUGCUGUGAACUGUCUGGUAAGGUUUAAAAAUUUACUCGAUGAGACAAUUGAAGUGAAUAGUCCCAGAAACGCGGUUCUGAAUUUAAUCAGGAAGAUAAAUCCAGAUAUUUUUGUUCAAUCCAUAAUAAAUGGAUCUUACAAUGCCCCUUUCUUUGUCACACGCUUCAGGGAGGCACUGUUCCAUUAUUCUGCUGCUUAUGAUAUGUAUGAUACUCUCAUAUCCCGUGACAAUGAAUGGAGGUUGAUGAUUGAGAAAGAGUUUAUGGGCCGAGAGAUUAUGAAUGUUGUGGCAUGUGAAGGUUUUGAGAGGGUUGAGAGGCCCGAGACAUACAAACAAUGGCAGGGUAGGAAUGCAAGGGCUGGUUUUAGGCAGGUCCCACUGGAUAAGGAGCUAAUGUCCAAAUUUAGGGAUAAGUUAAGAGAAUGGUACCAGCAUCAUAGAGAUUUUGUCUUUGAUGAAGAUAACAACUGGAUGCUUCAAGGUUGGAAGGGCCGCAUUUUGUAUGCUUCCACUUGUUGGGUUCCAGCAUAAUGAUAUGUUACUGAACUCUUAUACCUGUUUCGAAACUCAGACUGGAUUAAAGGUCCUGGUAUAUCUGCUAUGCCCUAUUUGCUUAAUCUUCAGGGAUUGUGAUGACUAUUCUUCUCGGCUUUGCACCAUGCAGACUCUGUAAAAUUGUGGCAGAUCUUCUUUCCAGCUUUCCACCAAAUCCUACAAUGAUCAGGAGGGCCUGUUAGAGUAGGAAUUCCCUUCUAGGCUUUUAGUUAUGUUUGUCCGAACAUUAGCAAUCAAAAUGUUGAUAUUUUUUUCCCUCUCUGACCGACAUGUAUUAUAAGCACUUCACAUCUUAUAUAUAAAUUGGUCUAAGGUUUUUUGCUGGAUAUCUUGUCUCGCAAGAUAAACUAGCUACUGAGUUGACAGUUUUGAUUAAUUUG